AUGAAGCCGGGUCCAACUUAUUAUCCUAUAUCCACUGACCUGAAGGUGCACAUCGUUAUCAAUGCUAUCUUAGUACUCACAGCCACCGUCCUCGUUGCGGCUCGUAUCGUGUCCCGCGUGGUGACCGGCGUGAGGCUAGGAUGGGAUGAUGGUUUCGUCCUGGUGGCCUUGCCAUUAGGCAUUGGCCUUUUGGUGAUUGAAGGGAUUCUCGCGACUGUUGGCCUUGGAUACCGAAAAGCUACAUACGAUAACCCAAACAACCUGUGGACCGUCCUCCCUCUUAAUACUGCAUUCACUCUUUGCUACAUACCACUCAUUGCGGCUGUAAAAUGCAGCAUGCUCUUCUUUUAUCGACGAGCGUUUUCUGAAACCAAGGCGCGACUCACAAUUUAUAUAACUCUCGGGUUUGUCGUGAGUUGGUUCGUCACUCAUUUACUGACUUCUCUGCUAUCUUGUCAGCCAAUUGCCGUGCUGGUGGACCCAUCCGUACCCGGUUUCUGCAAUAAUUCGACUAUCAUUGUUAUCGCGCUGGCAGCAAUCAACGUCGGUACGGAUAUUGCAAUCAUGCUGAUACCCAUCCCGACGAUCCUCGGCCUCAAAAUCAAAUUAUCUGAGAAGAUUGGAGUUCUUGGUCUAGUCUUCCUUGGGAUCUUGGUGACGGUCGCAUCGAUUGUGCGUCUUUACUACUACACACACGUCCAAGAGUUGGCAGACUGGACGGGAUCAAUGCCACCUGUGAUAUUCGUGUCAAUAUUUGAGGGCAACCUAGGCAUCAUAAUCACGAGUCUACCGAUGAUUCGGCCGCUCUGGACAGCGCUCAAGAAGCGCAGGGACGCCAACCGGCGUGACUCGUGGGGAGGCGAUGAGGGAAAGGCGUACUUGUUCCGAAACUCGGUCCAGGAAGCCCACGAGUUUGAAAUCAUCGAAAUGAGGCUGGACGUUGGAUCGAUCGGGGGCAGGCAGUCAAACGGUGCUAGAAUGAGGGAAGGGAAUAUGAUUUGA